AUGCUCACCCGCACCGCUAUUGCCAUCCUCGCGACCGUUGUCGCCUCCGUCUCCGCCCAGGACACUCCUACCUGCGAGGCCAUCGGCUACGACAAGGGCACCAACCCCGCCUUCAUCGCCCGUACCGAUGCCGAGGUGACCGGCGAUAUCGAGGCCUGCGCUACCCUUUGCGCCUCCUCCGAGGAGUGCCGCAGCUUCGCGUUCGGCGACAACACCUGCCUGCUCUACGACGUCGCGGUGGAGGGCAACGUGAUCGAGAUGGACUCCAGCCCCUACCUCUUCAACGACAUCGAGUGCUUCGACGGCCUUGUGGUUCCCGAGCCCCCUGCCGAGGAGGAGGGUCCCGAGGAGGGCGAGGAUGUGGUUUCCAUCUUCACCGACAUGCGAAAGAGGAAGGAAACGAAAACAGCAAUCUCGGCCACACCGGAUCGUCGGCGCGGCUUGGUCUCCAAGAACGGAUGCAAGAUCGACGCCCACUCAGAAUCGGGCCAUGCCCUCUCGAGGGCAGGGGAGGAUAUGAGCAACCCACGAGAUGGCGAGCCAAAGUUCAAGACUGGGCCUGGAAUUUUCAACCUCGCAAAGGGCAAGAGCGGUGGAGAUGCAGAAGCCAAGUCACCAAAAGGCCGCCUCCAAGACUGCUACCGCGGUGGCCAAAAGUCGGAUGACGCGAAGCCCAAGACAGUUGCCAAAGCUACCAAGUCCACCAAGUCUGCUCCUGCCAAGGUCACCAAGGCUUCAACAACAAAGACUGCUGCGACGAAAGCCGCUGCCACCAAAUCUGCUCCUUCCAAAGCCCCCACCAAGGUGAGCAAGACUGCCACCACAAAAACGACCAAGGCCGCGGCGUCCAAGACCGCGGCGUCCAAGUCCGCGACAGCCACCAAGUCCAAGACUGCCACUCCCAAGGCGAAGCCCGCUGCCGAUAAGGCCGCGUCCAAGAAGCGCAAGGCGUCACCCCAGCAGGAUGAGGAUGAGGAGGACAAGGAGAAUGCCGUCCCCGUUGGCCGUCCUACGAAGCGAGCCCGCGCCGUCAAGCACGAGGUCGCCGAGCCCGUCGAGCCCGCUGGUCCUCUGAACAAGGCCCCCGCCCAGGUCUACGAUGUCUUCAUCUUCGGCACGGGCGAAAACGGCGAACUUGGUCUAGGCCCUUCCAAGACCGAGGCCGUCAAGCCCCGACGCGUCCCUUCGAUGAACCCUGGCGAAGCCGGCACUUUCCGUGUGGUUGACAUUUACCCUGGCGGUAUGCACACUGUCGCGCUCACCAAGGACAACAAGAUUGUCACUUGGGGUGUCAAUGACAAUGGCGCGCUGGGUCGCGACACGAAUUGGGAUGGCGGACUUCGCGAUAUGAGUGAUGGUUCCGACGACGAUGAUUCCGAGAUUGGGGACCUGAACCCCAAGGAGUCCACCCCUACUGAGAUCCCUGCGAGCGCGUUCGCCAAGGAUGCUGUCUUUACCCAAGUCGCCGCUGGCGACAGCAUUAGCCUUGCGUUGACCGAAGAUGGCCUUGUCUAUGGCUGGGGCACAUUUACCGACAGCAAAGGCGACAAGAUGUUCGGAAUUGACGAGGACGGCAACGAGGUUGACGUACAACACACCCCGGCCCUCAUCCCAGGCCUUGAAAACAUUAUCCAGAUCUCGUGUGGUGCCAACCACGCUCUCGCCCUCGAUCGUGAGGGCACCGUCUUUGCAUGGGGUGUUGGCGAGCAAAGCCAGCUCGGCCGACGCGUUGCAUCCCAGCGUCAACGUUCCAAGGCUUUCCAGCCCCACGCUGUCGCCAAUCUCGAGAAGAAGACCAAGUAUAUCGCGACGGGUCAUUUCCACAGCUUCGCUGUCGACAACCACGACAAUGUUUGGUCGUGGGGUCUCAACGGGUUUGGCCAAACCGGGUACGCCAAGACGGCGGGCAAGGACAACGGUGCUGUUUCCACACCGACGAAAAUUGUUACACUCAGUGGAAAGAAGGUCAUCUCUAUGGGCGCGGGCGCCAACCACUCGGUAGCAAUCACUUCGGACGGCAAGUGCCUGGUUUGGGGAAGCAUCGAUGCUGGCCAAUUGGGUGUUAAGUUUACCGAUGCCCAGGUGAAGGACUCUAAGCUGAUCCGGCUCGACGACCGUGAGAAGCCGCGUAUCUGCCUGUUGCCCACCGAAGUCCCCACCAUUGACUCGGCUACCCACGUGGGCUGCGGUACCGACCAUACCAUUGUGCUUGAUUCGGAGGGAGCCGCCUACGCUACCGGUUUCGGUACACAAGGCCAGCUUGGUCUCGGCUCGUACGAUGAUAUAGAUGUUUUCCAGCGCAUCCCGGCCAAGGAGAAGAAGCUCAUCUGGGCCGGGUGCGGUGGUCAGUUUAGCAUUGUUGCGGCGCCAGCGGAUUCUUGA